AUGGGAAUGGACGACAAAUUCCAUAACGAUUCAACAGAUAGACAGCUGUUAAUAUUGUACGGAAGUCAGACUGGUUGCGCACAAGACGCUGCAGAGAGGACGGCAAGGGAGGCAAGAAGGAGGCAUUUUAGAGUUCGAAUAUUCGCUAUGGAUGAAUACGAUAGAACAAAACUUAUAAACGAAGCACUCGUUAUUUUUAUAUGCUCAACGACUGGACAAGGUGAUGAACCCGAUAAUAUGAAGAGAUUUUGGAAAUUUCUUUUGCGAAAAAAUCUUCCUAACGACAUUCUUAGUCAAAUGAAAUUUACCGUGUUUGGACAGGGAGACUCGUCAUACAUAAGAUAUAAUUAUCCUGCGAAAAAGCUUUGGAAGCGUCUUCUGCAACUCGGGGCAGAAAGCAUUUAUCCAAGAGGCGAUGGAGAUGAUCAGCAUUACCUCGGUCAAGACGGAACAUUUGACCCGUGGAUUCAAGGUGUAUGGGACGUGUUGAUGAAAAUGUACCCCUUGCCUUCUGGAAUGGAUAUUAUUCCAUCUGAGGACUUAUAUCCUUUCGUUUCGCCAGAAACACCCAUGGCCAUGAUCACAAUAACUCUUGGAUUAUUAUUAGUCUUAACUUCUAAACCACGCCACCUCCAAGUUUCCGUAUUCAGUUUAUUGACCAUGGUGUUCCAUUAUCCGAUGAAUCUGUUGAGUAUAAGUAUACCGUACGAUGUGAGGCAUUUGGAAUUUGCUAUUGAAGAGCCUUUUAUAAGUUAUGACCCAGGAGAUAUUAUGGUAAUAAGACCUAGGAACCUGAAAAAAGAUGUGGACACCUUUCUAGAGAUGAUGGAAUGGACAGACAUUGCAGAUGAUCCAUUCAUACUAGUGCCGAAUCAAGAAGAUUGCAAAAUCCCAAAACAUUGGGAAUCAAGGUUAACUCUAAGAUUACUAUUUGAGAAAUAUUUGGAUAUUUUUAGCACACCGAGACGAUCUUUUUUUGAAUUUCUGUCGUAUUUUACAACAAACGAAGAUCAGACCGAGAAAUUGCGUGAGUUCUGUUCUGCCGAAGGCCAGGACGAUCUGUAUGCGUAUAAUCAACGCGUCAAACGCACCAUAGUUGAAGCCUUGCAUGACUUUUCAUCUGCAAAGAUCCCGAUCGACUACAUUCUUGAUGUAUUUCCUAUGAUACAGCCACGGCAGUUCUCUAUAUCGUCAGCAAGUAGUAUGCAUUCUAAUGCAAUACAUUUAACAGUCGCUAUUGUCAAUUAUAAGACGCAACUAAGAUCUCCAAGAAGAGGUGUUUGUACUAAAUGGAUGGAAGAUUUGGAGAUCGGUUCCGUCAUCCCAUUUAAUGUUAUUAAGGGAACCAUGAAACUACCACGUGAUUCAGGGAUACCAAUAAUACUUGUUGGUCCCGGAACCGGAGUAUCAGUAAUGAAGGCGUUCAUUGAGGAUCGCAUUCAAGAUGGUGCUACAGAAAAUUACCUUUUCUUUGGCUGCCGAUAUCAUGAUAAAGAUUUUUACUACAAAAAUGAGUGGGACUCCUAUGUUCGAGAGGGUCAACUAACACUGUUUGUUGCGUGUUCACGAGAUCAAGGAAAGAAAAUAUAUGUCCAGGACUUGAUCAAACAGAACGCAGCCUUAAUAUGGAAGCUUGUACAUGAUCAAGGAGGAUAUGUCUAUCUAUCUGGGCGAUCCGAUAAAAUGCCAACUGCUGUUAUUGAAUCAUUUACAGAGGUUUUUAAAAAGGAGGGAGACAUGGAUGAUGCACAGGCUAAAAAAUACUUUAAUACAAUGGAGAAGAACAGGCGAUUUCAACAGGAAUGUUGGUCAUAA